AUGAGACUCAUUUCGGAGACUUUACUCGAGGCACCUAGGCGCUCAAACCCGAUUCCAAAUGCCGCAGGCACUCUUGCAGUGUAUACUCAAAGCACGUACUCUUUUCGCUCUCAAACAGAGAAAAAGGAGAUCCGCGUUGUAAACCUUUCGACUGGUCGAUCGUGGUGUGUCACUGAGAAUCCCAACGCCAGAUCACCUCAAUGGGUGUCAAAAAGCGAUCAGAUUAUAUGGCUUGAAUGGCUGGAAAGCGGCAACACUGACUUGAUGGUCGAUGACGCAAAGGGCACUAUCACUGAGAUCUAUAAAGCGGGCACAGUCCCCGGCCAAGCCUUUGACCUCAAGGUGACCGGGCAACUGCCGUUUCGAGAGGACAACGAUAAUGAACUCGCGUUUGCGAUCAGUGGCAGGGCGAAUCCAGAUGGAUCUCUGGUGAACCCAAGGCAGAUUGCGGAAUCCACUGGCCAUAGCACUGGCCGAUUCUACUCUACCCUUCCUGUCAGGGAUGAAUGCUCGUAUGCAAGCGAAUUGAGGAACUCCAUCUGGUAUGGGUAUCUUCGAAGAGGACCUGAGGCGGGAAGUCGGUAUAGUAUCUCAGGCAUAUCCAAUCUAAUGAUAUUUGCGGGACUAGAGGGGUUAGAAUCGCCCAUGUCACCUCUGGGAGGGGAAGAGAGCUCGCGAGAAUUUGAAAUUUGCCCCUUUGCCGUGGUAUUUAUUACUAGGGACAAGGAAGUUAACAAUGCUACUCAUACAGCAUGCUCAUGCUAUGUCCAACCCGUGGAACGGUGGGAUCAGCAGAACAGAGACCCUAUCUAUCCAGCAAGACGGUAUCGGGGAUUAGGAGGAGCAAUAUCAUUAGUUACAGUGGACAAGUCAGAUGAAAAUCGACCAAUAGCCAUUAUAUCUCAGAAGAGAGAUGGACACACGGCCGACAAAUAUCGCAUCAUGUACAUACCGCUUGCAUUAUUCGAAAACGUGUAUGAGAUAUUCGCAUCUGCUGAUGGCAAUGGGCUAUGGGAUCUUAGCCCAUGCGCCAUCUCAUUUGGAAACAACGGUACGCUUCUUAUCCAGGCUGAGCAGAAUGGGCGGAUGAUGCUGUAUCAUCUUGGACUUCGUGACUUCGAGAGAUUGCGUCCUGCGGCGUUGAGUCUGGUUGAUCCUUGGGGUUUUGGAUCUAUUACGCAUGUAACACCCGUGCGAUCGGACUCAUCGAAAAUCCUGAUCACUCAGAGCAGCCUAGUUGAGACCCCCACGUGGAAUAUUCUUAACCUAGCCGCUCCGACCGAGUCUCCAAAGGUAUUGUCUGCGAGUCGCCCAAUGGAUUUGGGGCUCUCUAAGGCACAAGUCAAUUCUAUUUGGUUUGAUAGCAGUGGGAAUCGCAGAAUCCAUGCCUGGGUGAUUAAACCAUCCAAGUUCGACCCACAGCAACGAUACCCAUUGGCAUUCUUCAUCCAUGGCGGCCCUCAUAGUGCGUGGAACAAUCAGUGGAGUGUCCAAUGGAAUCUAGCAUUAUUUGCAGAGCAUGGCUUUGUUAUUGUUGCACCCAAUCCAGCAGGCAGCUCUGGCUUUGGGCAAGCUUUCAAAGAUUCUAGCCAGUAUUCCUGGGGCGGGCUGCCUUAUACAGAUCUUGAGAGAUGCUUUGAAUAUCUGCAACAAAAGGAGAGCCUCCAAUACAUUGACACUGCUCGCUCCGUCGCGGUUGGUAUCGGGUACGGAGGAUAUAUGGUCAACUGGAUCCAAGGCCACGAGCUUGGUCGUAAAUUCAAGGCCCUUGUGACACAUGACGGGAUUUUUAGUAUGACCUCCCAGUUAGCCAGCAAUCGGCAACAUUUUAUCAAUGAAAUUGGAGGUCCCAUUUGGGAAACACCGGGUGAGUGGAGGAAAUGGGAUCCAGCACAAUUUACUGCAAGCUGGCAUACUCCCCAUUUGGUCAUCCAUUGCGAGUUGAAUUACAAAAGGGUCAUUGCUGAUGGAUUAGCCGCUUUCAAUGUUCUCCAGCUCAGAGGCAUGGAAAGUGCGCUCCUGGUAUUUCCAGACGAAGGGGAUCCGAUUGUAAAUCCGGAAAAUAAUUUGCUUUGGUAUCGCACUGUGAUUGAGUGGAUGAGAAAGUACACUUCUCAAAAACCUGAUGAUUAUUGA